AUGCUGACACUACACAUGUAUCAUAAUUCAGAUACAACCAAGAGCAAGAAGUUUCUCACCGUCAUCGCAGCGGUGAUAGCGGGGUUCGCAUUGCUUCUGCUGUCACUUAGCUUCCUGAUCUGGAGAAAGUUCCAGCGCCGCAGGAUGGGAGUCGCCGUGUUUGAUGACAUCAUGAGGGGCGAGUGUCCAACGUACCUCCUCGAAACCAUUAGGGCCUCCACCGACGGGUUCCGCCCUGAGAACGAGAUCGGGCGCGGUGGCUUCGGCAUUGUGUACAAGGGUCAAAUGCCAGACGGCCAAGAGGUUGCAGUGAAGAGGCUCUCAGCGGAGAACAGAGUGCAAGGCCUGAAAGAGUUCAAGAACGAGGUGGACCUGAUCGCCAAGCUGCAGCACCGCAACCUGGUACGCCUGCUCGGCUGCUGCAUCCACUGCUCGGACAGGAUACUUGUCUACGAGUACAUGAGCAACAAGAGCUUGGACACCUUUAUUUUUGAUCCAAGGAGGCGCGCCACUUUGAGCUGGAAGGCCAGGAUGGACAUCAUCCUCGGAGUUGCCAGAGGGCUUGUCUACCUUCAUCAGGACUCAAGGCACACAAUGAUCCACCGAGAUCUCAAGGCGGCCAACGUUCUCCUUAAUGAGGAGAUGGUCGCCAAGAUAUCGGAUUUUGGAAUUGCGAAGCUGUUCAGCAGCAGCGGAGACAACAGUCAGGACUCCACCAUCACAGAAAGGAUUGUUGGGACAUAUGGUUACAUGUCACCGGAGUAUGCCAUGGACGGCAUGGUAUCAUUCAUGCAGGAUGUGUACAGCUUCGGUGUGCUGUUGCUGGAGAUCGUCAGUGGCAGGAGGAACCAACGAAGUUUCAACCUCAUAGCUCAUGCAUGGAAUCUGUAUGAAGAAAACAGGAGCCUCGAGCUCCUUGACCCAGCUGUGCGUGGCGGCUGUUCCCCAGCAGAGCUAGAGCAUGUUAAGACGUGGAUCCAGGUAGGGCUACUGUGCGUUCAGGAGAGCCCAAGCCAACGGCCGCAAAUGGCUGCAGUAAUCCCCAUGUUGUCGCACCAACAGGCGCCAGGGCGGCCACUUCGGCCGGUUGUCUGCAUGCCGGCGAGAACUCCGGUGGACCUUCUCAACAUGGAGGAGAACACAUCUAGCAAUGAGUUGACCAUCACGAACCUCGAAGGCCGGUAGCAACUAGCAAGAAUGCAUGGAUGGAAGGAUGCCGGGCAAGCUGGAACCUAAGAUUGAAGACCUUACUGACGACUUUUUGUAUGUAAUUGGGUAGGACGGGUGCAUUCAAGCCAUCUCAUGCUUCUGCAAAAGUGUGACCUCUUAAUUAACACACCUCUGUAAAAAAACACCUAUGUAAUUCAUGGAGACUGAGAACAAAUUCAAGAUUUGAAAAAAAUUCAAAUGAACUGCA